GGUAAAGGUUUCUUUGUGCAUUGGUGUAAUGAUCACUCCUGUUAUUAUGGAAAGGACGGGUCUAAGAUAUUCAAGUCGUCGGCCAGCACCGGGGGUUGUCGCAGGACUAUUUUGCGGGUGCAUUCUCGUUGUUGCGUUUUUUGAAAGUGUUACCAAGUCUAUGUGUCUACUUGCUAUGGUAGCUCUUACGCGUUAUUACAUUGCCGGGAAGCCUUUUACUGAUCCAAAACCCGUGGUGUUACAAGACGUUAUGGCUACCUUACAUCUGAAAAAUGUCUUGGAGACAGUUUAUACAUUGGAAACUGUGGUCAAAGAAGAGCACCUGCAGUUGCGAUGCAGAGAGACACCGGGCUUAUUGAUCCUGAAAUCCACGGUCACAACGAAAAGGCAGAACCCAAAUUCUCUGUUCAGCAUCGUCGAGCUUCCAGAAGAUAUUGUAAGUUCGAUAUCGUCUGCCAUACGCAUCCUCAAGAUACCCAACUCAGAAGUGGUGAAGUUCGUUAAAGACUUUGCUGAUAAAUUUGAAUGUCGUAACAGUGAAAGGGCCAUGAAGAUUGAAUACUACAGGCUGAGAGAGGAGAUUGCCAUCUCAUAACAUACAUCAUAUAUGAAUAGAACAUGCAGCUACUUCAAUUUCUUUAACUUCUGAAAUUAACCUUACGGGCUCCGAACGCGAAGCGAGGGUUUGUUGUUCAGCCCUAACUGCGGCCAUUUUGCAAACCCCAGCUUCGGCUUCGGCUCAAGCCUCAUCGUCAAACUGCAUGAUUGAGACCGAGCCGGCGCCGGGUGUUUGGAAAACGGCCCAAGGUAAUGUUGGUACCGUCCUAGCUGUUUAUUUAUGGAGUGGUCCCAACAUUGGAUAAAACCAACUGGCUGUGAACAGCGCCUCCAAUAGUGUCUAGGCCUACUCCCUUCGCUCGUCCCCACCGCUGGUGGGUUAGCCCGUUUAAAGGAACGGUCCAUCAUUUGUAAUAUGUGACCCGCUCCGCAAAAAUGAGUGUGUGGGAAUGAAAUAAGCUUUCAAUUGGUAUAUCACGGACCUCUCUAGGACAUUUGGUUGCAUUGUUGUGCUUGUUUCAUUCUGUAAAGUUUUUGCAAAGCUAGAAGUGUCUCAAUGGAGAAAAAAGGCUUUGAAAAAUGACAAAUACACUGUAACUAACCAAGAAAAGCA